UGGCACGGACGUGUUUCAUGCGCGCGGCUCUCGGGUCAUUUAGCGUAUGUGCCGGGGUGGUCGGGUGAAGAUGGAAAUGUGACUGAGUCUAGCAAAAUUCUUUUUUUUCUUCUGCUGAAAAAGGUCAUGGAGUUUUAAUAAUGGUAGUUUGUGAUUGCUGUUUUAUUUUUCUAAGGAAAACGAAUAACUCCUUUUCAGGCUAAUAAUAUUGGAAGUUUAAAUCCCCUCUUUCUAGACUCCAAAGAAUGAUUCGGUUUUAAUGAAAAAAAUUAAAAAAAAACUCCGGAGUUGAGUACCAAAUGUGUAACUGUUAGUUUUGGAUAAAAAGUUUAUUUUGAAAGUGGUACAUGCAGAAGAUAUAUACCAUUUCACACCUUUUUACCAAUAGAAUCAUCAGCACCGAGAAGAGCAGGUAUGAGGAAACCGGGGCUGGUUUUUGGUCUGUAAAUGUAGAAGGACGAAACUGAAUCGAAAAUAAAAAAAAAACUAGAUCAUUUCCCUUCAUUCGACGCAGUGCUGACGAGGCCGUGUUAUGGGAUGGUUUCAAGAAGGCAGCUUUAAAUGUCUAGUUUUUAGCUGUUUAUUUCUACUCUCAUGGAAUAAAUGAGUUUAUAUUCGGCACUGAAAUGAAGCCUUACAUUGCGCUGACUAUUUUGAGUGAUAUGUGUCAGUAUUUUCUUCUGACAAAGCUUUUUACUUAGGUGAUGUCAUUCUAGAAUAUGAACACGAGGUCGGAUGCAAAAUGAAUGACAGAUUCCCAUUGAGAUCUAUGAGAGAAACGUGAGCUAAAGAUGGUUCAUUUUAUUCAGCUUGCCAUUGAGCACGAGCGUCGGACCUUUCCUCUCGCUGGUGACUUAAGUUGAAAGUUAGUUUUGGACAUAAUAGUAAAACUGAACCAUGUAGAAUCCCCCAAAACUGAAAUACAUAUAAAAAUUUAAAUUCUAAAAUCGUGAGAACCCUAAAUGAACCUAACUAUAAAACUGUAGGUGAUUCAACGAUGUGUUUAUAUUGUUAAAAGAAAAAUAAGCAAAAUUGACAGCCAUCCGUGCCAUUAACCGAUACAGCAGCUAUCAUAUGUGAAAACGAACUAUGAUUGGCUGGCGUGAAGUGACGUCAUCGGUACCAGCCAAUACUUGGGUGGCGAAGCGUAUAUCAGUUUUGGGUUGUGUCCUUCUUAUCGUCAGCCUGCAGCCAUCCCAUGCCAGGAUCUCACCGAAUUGGCCACAGAGCUCAGUCCAAGGAGUGGAAGGCAUGAUCACGCACCUGCCCUGCAUGGUGGCACGCAGUCACCUUGGUGAUACACCAAACCUGGUUCUCUGGUAUAAGGACGGUGCCAGGUUGCCUUUCUAUACAUUAGACCUACGAGAAGGCGUGGAGAAGCAAGAGUUUGUCGAUCCUAAACUGAAAGAUCGAAUAAGGACCGAGUACACGGGCUCCCACUUGGUACUCGACAGAGCGCUCGGGUCCGACUCGGGUAGAUACAGAUGUCGGGUAGACUUCAAUAACUCUCCGACGCUGUCAGCCAUUGUGACGCUCACAAUUUACGUUGUGCCCACAAGACUCGUGAUUCUGGGAGAGGACAAAAAACAAGUUCGGGGAGGGGUCCUUCGAUCCUUGACCGAAGGGGACCCGCUCACGCUCUACUGCAUCGCCACUGGAGGUCGGCCGCCUCCUCAGGUGUCGUGGUGGAAAGGUGACCAGCUCCUCUCAAACCGCAGCAUCGUUGUUGGAGAGGAUGGCACUCGGUUGGCAUCUGAAGAAGAAGGAGACGAGCUUUUCGUGGGCAUGGGUAUGGAAGUUGGCAUCCGUCACGUCAGGACCAUGUUGAGCAUACCCUCCCUCUCCAGGGACUACGCUCGUGCCAAUAUUUCCUGUAAAGCCGCAAAUAACAACAUUACGGAACCCCUCUCCACUACGCUCUAUCUAGAAGUAUAUAACCGUCCCUUCUCGGUGGUCAUAAGCGGAGAUGGCACGCCCCUGGUCGAAAAGCAAAGUGCCCGACUGGAAUGCGUGGCAUCGGGCGCUUUUCCCACAGCGAUUUUGUCGUGGGAGAAAUCGGCUUUAGAUCAGAAAACGCAGCAUUUAAAAGGAACGCCCCACAACCUGGGAGAGGUAUCAACUUCGACCCUCAUCUUCGUUCCGGAGGCCUCUGACCACGGGGCCACUUUGACGUGCCACGCCCACAACCCAAAUUUGCCGUCUAUGGGCGUUUCUACCUCUACCACCUUGCAAGUGUCGUUUGAACCUCGAGUGACGCUCCGCUUAGGGUAUACUUUAGCAAGUCAGCCUGUGACCGAAGGCGAUGACGUUUACUUCGAGUGUGAGGUUGUGUCCAAUCCCCCUCCCCACACUAUAAAAUGGUUCAAAGAUGGCACCGAGGUCCACCACGACCUGCGUGCAGGUGUCCUAGUCUCCUCGAACAACCUUGUCUUGCAGAUGGUUAGACGGACAUCUGUCGGGAAUUACAGCUGUUCGGCUACCAACAAAUUAGCCACCGUAGAGAGCAAUAGCAUUGCGCUGCACAUACGUUACCUGCCAGUGUGCAGCGACCAGCCCCAAACCGUGACGGUCGUGGAAGGGGAAGACGUGAGAUUGACGUGUCGGGUAGACGCGAACCCGAAGGACGGUUUAAGGUUCACCUGGUACUUCAACAACACCCUCGACACUGUCGAGGUGGAGAGACAUCGAGUCCAAGUCAAAUCAGGUUACAGCUAUUUGGAUUACACUCCAAGGUCUUCGAGGGACUACGGUGUGCUCGCUUGCUGGGCUACGAACACCAUUGGUACUCAGGCUGAUCCGUGUCAGUUCACCGUUGUCGAAGCAGGCCCACCCGAAAGUGUGACAGACUGCGACUUGGUGAACCACACAGGAGGCUCCCUGGAGGUCCUGUGUACUCCAGGGGAAGACGGGGGCCUCCCACAGUGGUUCGAAGGGCGGGUGUACUCGUCCCCCAGCUACAAACUCCUGGUCAUGCUCGAAGAGUCGACGCCCAGAUUCCACGUCGCAGGACUCACGCCCGGAAGCGAUUACAUCAUCACCAUAACAUCCCGCAACCGAAAGGGCGCCAGCCACCCGGUGGAAAUCGACGCCGUGAAGCUCAAGGCAUAUGAGGAGGAGCCAUCCAGGAGAAAGCUUGAAAAGGCCUUGAACACAGGAGAGAGGUCUCAGAAGAACACUAGACCUCAGAGAGGCAAGAUCUCUUGCCCUGACCAGACGCCGCCUCCUGGGCCUGCUUUCCAUGCUUUGGGAAGCCCAAGUAUCUUUUUAAGUCGAUAG